CCUUUCGCGCGCUUCAUCGGCUAAAUCCCGUUAAAUCCACCGAACCGAGGGAUUUAGUAAAUCCGGGAUUUAAGCCGUAAAUCCCUAAAUUCGGGAUUUAUGAAAUCCCGGGAUUUAAACGCGCGCACAAAAACCGUUUGGCUGGAUUUAGCGUAAAUCCGACUUAAAUCCCAACAUAAAUCCGAUACCAAACAGCCCCUUAAAUUUUAAAAAAAUAUGCUUAAUUUACGGCCCUAAUCAUGCUUAGUCGCCUCAAUAUAAUAACUUCGAGGCGUUAGGGUUUGCCUUUCAUCUUCUUUUUUACGUCGUUGCUGUUCGGCUUCGUUGCUUCGCUUGGAGGUGUAGAGAUUGCCCGCGGCGCUUCUUCGGCUUCUUCGUGUUCGACUUCGCUCCUUCGACGACUUUCCUUUCUGUCGGAUCGGAAGUUACGACAUUUUGAUCGGAAGCAAGAACGGGAGCUCGCUGGCUGUGAAGAAUAUAGCUAACGAUGGCAGAAGAUGGAGAUGAAAGGACCUUUAAGAGUUUGGGUGUGUGCGACCAGUUGGUCGAAGCUUGUGAGAGUUUGGGGUGGAAAACCCCAUCGAAGAUUCAGGUGGAGGCGAUUCCUCAUGCUCUUGAAGGAAGGGAUGUUAUUGGACUUGCACAAACAGGAUCAGGCAAGACUGGAGCUUUUGCCCUUCCAAUUAUCCAAGCUCUUCUUGAGAAGCCACAACCAUUCUUCGCUUGUAUAUUGUCUCCAACCAGGGAGCUGGCGAUUCAAAUUUCUCAGCAAUUUGAAGCGUUAGGAUCUAGCAUCGGUGUGAAAUGCUCGGUGCUUGUUGGAGGAGUUGACAUGAUGGCACAGGCCAUUUCUCUUGCAAAGCGUCCUCAUAUUAUAGUAGGGACUCCUGGGCGUUUAUUGGAUCAUCUGUCUAAUACGAAAGGUUUUAGCCUCCGCAUGUUGAAGUACUUGGUUUUAGAUGAGGCUGAUAGGUUGCUGAACAUGGACUUUGAGAAGGCUAUCGAUGACAUUCUUAAGGCUAUUCCCAGAGAACGUAGGACAUACCUGUUUUCAGCAACUAUGACAAAAAAGGUUGGAAAACUGCAAAGAGCCUGCCUUAAGAAUCCUGUGAAGAUUGAGGCAUCCUCCAAGUAUUCCACAGUUGAUACUCUGAAGCAGCAAUUUCGAUUGGUCCCUGCCAAGUACAAGGACUGCUAUCUUGUUUACAUUCUGACCGAGAUGUCCGGAAGCACAUCCAUGGUCUUCACUCGUACUUGUGAUUCUACAAGACUCCUGGCAUUGCUACUUCGGAACCUUGGUCUAAAGGCAAUACCCAUUAGUGGUCAAAUGAGCCAGACAAAGCGACUGGGAGCAUUGAACAAAUUCAAGGCUGGAGAUUGUAACAUUCUUUUAUGCACUGAUGUUGCUAGCAGGGGACUUGACAUACCAUCAGUUGAUUUGGUCAUUAAUUAUGACAUUCCCAGCAAUUCUAAGGAUUACAUCCAUCGAGUAGGCAGAACUGCUCGUGCUGGACGGUCUGGUUUAGCGAUCUCAUUAGUAAACCAGUACGAAGUGGAAUGGUACAUUCAGAUAGAACAGCUUAUUGGAAAAAAGUUGCCAGAGUUUCCAGCGGAGGAGGCUGAAGUUUUACUAUUCUUGGAGAGAGUUUCAGAUGCAAAAAGAAUAUCUCAAAUGAAAAUAAAAGAGAGUGCAGGGAACAAGAGACGGAGGAAGGUUGGGGAUGAUGAUGAUGAAGAAGAAGAAGAUGCUGAAAGAUAUGCUGUUAACGUCAAGAGUGGAAAGACCUCCAAGAAAGGGAGAAGGUAGCUUUGGAGGAUCUUUGCACCUGAGAUGUUACAGUUCUUUCCUAUUGUAUUUUUUGGCUCUCUUUAUUGUAAACGUAACACAAAUUUUGGUCGAGUUAUGUUGGAUUUGGUGUACAGAUUCUUGUAAUUGUAAAAUGUUAGUCGGCAAUUUAACAAAAAAUGAGAUUGAGUAACUUAGAAAUUUAAAAUUGUAAUUUUUGGUUUAAAUGUAUUAAAAGAGCUUUAUAGAUGAUUGGCUUCUUUUUAA